GCGAUGCUUGACAUCCAAACCUGGCAGGCGAAGAAAGGCGACCUGGGCAAGCGUCGACCCAGCGUGACGAUCACCAGCGUGCCGGUUAAGGAGUCCACACCGACACCGAGGGAGGAGAGUUUGGCCAUGCCGUGGGUCAAGGAGUGCGUGUCGACGCCGAGGGAGGAGAAGGUGACGCUGCCCUUGGUCAAGGAUUCCACCCCUACGCCGAGAGAUGAACAGGAGACGAUGCCCUGGGUCAAGGACGCCGCCUGCAGCAGCAAGGACAACUAUCGAGGCGACAGCUUGGCUCAGAGCCAGGGCCGUUGGACGGUGCCUCCGCGGCUGCCUACUGGGGCCGAGACGCACUCUCCGCCGCCCCGUACACCUCCACCAAGGCUGCGGAGCCGCGACAAAGAUGAGGCGAGUUCAGAGGUGCGCGACUUCCGAUCUCAGGGUUGCCGCCCGGCCAUCCGCAACGGUCGAGGCCGUGCCACGGCGGCCCCGCGUGCGGCGAGCGUGGGCAACAGGCUCGCUGCAGCAUCCCCCCGACCUGAGCGCGAGGAUCUCCCUUGCUAUGGGUUGGACGCGGAGCUGAAGGCCAAGGCAGCGGCCAAGUAUAGCGCGGCAGCUGAAGAACAAGCUGCUGCGUGGAUCCAGGAAGUGACAGGGCAUGCCGUGGUGAAUGACUUUGCCGGUUCCUUACGCUCGGGUGCCGUCCUUUGUGACCUUGUGAACUGCAUACAGCCUGGUACCAUCGCGAAGGUGAAUUCCCCCGGAAUGCCAUUCAAGGAGAGGGAGAACAUCAGCAAUUUCCUCCGAGCUUGUCGAAACUUCGGCGUUCAGGAGUAUGCCCUCUUUUCGACCGACGAUCUCUUCGAAGAGAAAAACCUCAUGUCGGUGGUGAACUGCGUCUAUGCCCUGG